ACAACCAAUCUCGUGCCUCCUUCCCUCUCAGAUCUCCAGGAAGGCGGAGCUGCGUUCCAGAUUGGCUGAGCUUCAGCUGCAGCUUUCUGGCCCGCAGCAAACUCUGGGGAUUGUGGGAGACGGGAAAAAGGAGAAGAUGAAAAGACAAGUGGAGGAUGCUCCUGGGACCCUUCAAUCACAAACCCCUCCAGCCUCCAAGAUGCUUAAGGGAGAGGAGCAGUUUAAAGCUCAGACAACGCCAUCACCCGCUGCCAGGCAAGGAGCGGAGACGGGCAGAGAACGGGAAAAGACGGAGCCGGCCGAGGUGUCGGGAGGCUGUUCGGACUUUGACGAGGAGCAGCAACGGCGGCAGGAAGAAGCUGAAUUCACAUCCCUCAAAGCAUCAUGGGAGAAGGCAAGGUUCCGCUUGAGGCUACUGGAGGGUCACAACGAUAUAGUCACCUGUGUGGCUGCCGUUGACAACCUGGUGGUUUCUGGAAGCCGAGACACCACGGUGAAGGUGUGGCACGUUCCCACGGCAACCGAACACAAGAACCUGGGGGGCCACACUGGGGGGGUUACCUGUCUGUCUGCACCUCCCCCUGAAUACUGCAAGAGGCUGGCCCGGUCCCUGGCUUUGUCCGACAAGGAGAGGUUUAUUUUGAGUGGCUCGGCAGACUGCUACGUGAAGAUCUGGGCCCUGAAUGUUG